CUGAAUCAGAUUCAAUAACUUGGUGUUUCCGACUUCCCUAACUCCUGAAACAAGAUGCACAAGCAAUUUGGACUAAUUCUAAUGGUAAUCUCGUGCUCCCUGGCAGCGCCCCAGCGACGGAACGGAAUCGCAAACGGUGCACCGAAAUCGGGCGGCUCUGGUGGCGGCCCUGACAGCACCGCUACCAUCGUGAAACAGGACCAGCAAAUCAACGCGGACGGAUCGUACAGUUUUGCGUACGAAACGAGCAACGGGAUCCAAGCGUCAGAAAGCAGUCCGGACGGGGCGGCCGCCACCGGGGAGUUUUCCUACACCGCACCGGAAGGCGAUAAAAUCCGACUGUCCUACGUUGCCGACCAGGAUGGAUUCCAACCGCAGGGUGAGCACCUUCCCGUGGAACCACCAGUGCCGGAGCACGUAAUCAAGGCCCUGGAGGAUAUCCGCGCAAACCCACCGAAGGAUCCGGACUUCAAUCUGGCCUUUCUGGAAUCGGUUAUCGCUAGAUUGAAACCACUGCAAGGUUAGAGCCUUCGAAAGGUAGUUCUUGGUCGUAAUCCAUGCCACAUAUGCCGUUUUAUUUAGUUCAAAUGUAUCGAAUAUGUAUA